AACCGGAUUACGGACUUGAUGUCGGCGGGCUGGACGGAUGAGAGGCAUGCAAGUUAUAUAAGGUCCCUAGAAGCUUCUUUCGUCCGCGAUCAACUGUACAAGCACUUGCACGGUCACGAUGCCAAAAAGAAAGAUCCGGGUACCGAUGGGUUCAAGGUUCUCCAAGGUGGAGUGUGGAGGAAAGUCGAAUUUAAGAGGAGGAGCAAUGCUUGUGCUCAAGUGCGGCCCAAACGGCGCCUGCCUGGAAACCCCUGGAUUCAGCAUUUUAUACCGGGUGGCUGCAGCAGCAGUGCAGGAUCAGGUGAUAGGGCAGAAACUUCAGUAAGUGAUCGGGAAUCCGGUACCUGGACUAUCCCUAGGAGCACCCCGUUGUUCCAUGGAAAGGAAUUGGGAGCUCGCAAGGGAGAAGAUCUUCUCGAUGAAGAUGCCAUGGUCUCUGAUCAGAAUUUUGCUGAGGACGAGGCACAAGUUGAUGCGGAAUCAAGGAGAUUAAGCACGUACUGCGCCCGAAUGAUCAAGUGA